AUGGUAGAUUCUGGUCAUGAGAAGGAUUUAAGGCCUGCCGACCCUGCUGGAACCGGCGAGACUACGAACCACGACGAGCCACUCGAUGUCGACAACGAGGAGAAAGACUACAUAGAGGUAGCAACCUAUCGAGAGCCCUCGAGCCAUGACGAGAAAGAGCUUCAGCCUGGCAUGGACCGGGCGAGGAGUUAUGCCACUACAGCUUCUGCGGUGACAAGAGCAGUCUCCCGUGUGGAUAUGCCACGCCAGAAGAAACCGUGGUACAAAAAGGUCAAUCCCUUGAAAUGGGGCGGGGUACCAGAGGUCCCAGAAACAAGGGGAGUCUCCAGAGAAUACAACGCACCGUUUCUCAGUAUGGUGUAUUUCCAAUGGGUGGCACCAAUGAUGAGCGUUGGUUACAAACGACAACUCGAGCCAAACGAUAUCUGGACCGUCAACCCCAAACGAUCGGCCGAGGUCAUGACGCUGAAAUUACAGGCCUCGUUCAAGAAGAGAGUGGCAAGAGGCGACAAAUACCCAUUGUUGUUUGCGCUACACGAAACCUUCAAGACGGAAUUCUGGAUUGGUGGAACAUGUCAAUUUUUUGCCAACAUCUUCCAGGUUGUUUCGCCCUAUACACUUCGAUACCUCAUCCAAUUCGCCGAUGACGCCUAUGUGGCUCAGAAAGAAGGAAAACCCGUUCCGCACAUUGGAAAUGGAAUUGGUCUCGUAAUUGGAAUCACAUUUAUGCAAAUGUGUCAAUCUUUAGGCACGAACCAUUUUAUUUACCGCGGAAUGAUGGUAGGAGGACAGUCAAGAGCUGUGCUCAUUUCCGUUAUUUUUGAAAAGGCUAUGAGCAUCUCUGGGCGCGCCAAGGCUGGCGGUCGAGCAAUUGAGGACGGGAGGGAGACAAAAGUGGAGGAAACCGCGCUGGAAAAGGAAAAGAGCACCAAAUGGUAUCAAUUUCGAAAGUCGGGCGCGAAAGUUUCAACGGCGGACUCUGGGCGUGGUGUCGCUGGUGAUGGGACAGGAUGGGCAAAUGGUAGAGUAGUAAACCUGAUGUCCGUUGAUACGUAUCGUGUGGAUCAGGCAUCCGGAAUGUUUCAUAUGGUUUGGACCGCUCCUAUUGCAUGUAUCAUUACGUUGAUACUCUUGCUUGUCAAUUUGACGUAUAGCGCCCUUGCUGGAUUUGCAUUGCUCAUUAUAGGAUUGCCAGUCUUGACCGAGGCUGUAAAGAGUCUUUUCAAACGGCGCAAGAAGAUCAACAAAGUGACAGAUCAGAGAGUCAGUCUUACCCAGGAGAUCUUACAAGCUGUCAGAUUUGUCAAAUUCUUUGGAUGGGAAAGUGCAUUUCUUCAGCGGCUUAGCGAUAUUCGAAAUCGGGAAAUCGCAGCCAUUCAAGUUCUCCUCGCCAUCAGGAACGCCAUCAACGCUGUAUCGAUGUCCUUGCCCAUCUUUGCAUCUAUGCUAGCAUUUAUCACCUACUCGCUCACCAGCCACAGCCUCAACCCAGCCCAUGUCUUCUCCUCGCUUGCGUUAUUCAACUCGCUUCGCAUGCCGCUGAAUCUCUUACCUUUGGUCAUUGGACAAGUUACCGAUGCUUGGUCGUCGAUUUACCGAAUCCAAGAGUAUCUAAUGAGCGAAGAUCAAGAUGAUGAGGCAAAGGUUGACGAGGAGGCUAAAUAUGCUCUAGAGAUAGACAAAGCCGACUUUACCUGGGAACGAACGGCAACGCAGGACCCAGAUGCCAUACAGAUGACAGGAAAGAAGCAAACCAAAGACGAGCUGAAAUGUGAGAGGGCGGCCAAGAAACAGGCAAUCAAAGAUGAGAAACUUGCUGCGAAGAGAAAAUCCACAGAGCCUGUUCCAUCUGGCGAAAUGACACCCGACGACGUCAGCACUCUUAUCGGGGACAAAGAACCAUUCAAGUUACAAAACAUAGACUUCUCAAUUGGCCGUAAUGAGCUAGUAGCUGUUAUUGGUGGUGUUGGAAGUGGAAAAUCUUCCUUACUUGCUGCGCUUGCGGGAGAUAUGCGCAGAACGAAAGGUCGGGUGACGAUGGGUGCAAGUAGAGCAUUUUGUCCACAAUACGCCUGGAUCCAGAAUGCGACUGUGAGAGAAAACAUCCUCUUUGGCAAGAAAAUGGACAAAGAGUGGUACAAACAAGUGGUCGAUGCCUGUGCCUUGCAACCCGACCUGGAAAUGCUUCCACAAGGCGACGGCACCGAGAUCGGCGAGCGUGGAAUUACAGUGUCAGGAGGUCAAAAACAACGACUCAAUAUCGCCAGAGCAAUCUAUUUUGAUUCCGACUUGAUUCUCAUGGACGACCCUCUAUCGGCUGUAGAUGCACAUGUUGGCCGACACAUUUUUGAUAAUGCCAUCAUGGGCCUCAUGAAAAACAAGUCUCGAGUUCUAGCCACUCAUCAACUGUGGGUUCUCAACCGCUGCGAUCGCAUCAUUUGGAUGGAGGAAGGCCGGAUUCAAGCAAUCGACACCUUCGACAACCUUAUGAAAGAUCACCCGGGCUUCCAACUCCUAAUGGAGACUACCGCGGUUGAAGAAAAGCAUGAGAAGGAGGAUCAUGUAAACGAUGACGAAGUCGAGGGGGAGAAGAAGGAUGUGAAGAAGAAACGCAAUGGUGCAACUUUAAUGCAAGCCGAAGAAAGGGCCGUCAAGAGCGUUCCGUGGUCUGUCUAUAUUGACUACAUAAGGGCUUCGGGCAGUCUUCUGAAUGCGCCCAUCGUCCUCAUCUUCCUCCUUAUGUCCCAGAGCGCCAACAUCGCAACCAGUCUCUGGCUGUCCUGGUGGACAAGUGAUAAAUUUGGAUAUUCGAAAGGAGUCUAUAUUGGAGUCUACGCAGCUCUAGGUGCAUCUCAAGCACUGCUUCUUUUCUUCUUCGCUCUGUCCCUUACAAUGAUGGGAACUAUUGCUAGUAAAAGGAUGUUGAACCGGGCCAUCACUCGAGCACUCCGAGCACCAAUGUCUUUCUUCGACACCACGCCAUUGGGACGAAUCACCAACCGCUUCUCUCGAGACGUCGACGUCAUGGACAACAACUUGACAGAUGCGAUGAGAAUGUAUUUUCUGACUCUCGCCAUGAUUCUCUCCGUCUUUGGCUUGAUCAUCGCAUAUUUCCAUUAUUUUGCCAUCGCUCUUGGACCUCUCUUCAUAUUAUUCGUCUUUUCCGCCGGGUAUUAUCGAGCGUCCGCUCGCGAGAUGAAACGAUACGAGUCUGUUCUUCGCUCCCACGUUUUCGCUAAAUUCAGUGAAGGCCUAUCAGGAACUGCAUGCAUCCGUGCUUAUGGGCUGAAAGAUCAAUUCAUUGUCAAUCUUCGAAAUUCAAUUGAUGAUAUGAAUAGCGCAUACUUCCUUACAUUCGCCAAUCAACGUUGGUUAUCAACGAGGCUGGAUUUUAUUGGCAACUUACUCGUCUUUGUAACCGGUAUAUUGGUUGUUACUUCACGGUUCAACGUGUCACCAUCCACUGCCGGCCUAGUGCUAAGUUAUAUUCUUUCCAUCGUUCAGAUGAUUCAGUUCACAGUCAGACAACUUGCUGAAGUUGAGAACGGUAUGAACGCCACUGAGCGUAUUCAUUACUAUGGCACUCAGCUGGAGGAAGAGGCGCCGCUACACACCAUUGACGUAAGAAAAUCGUGGCCCGAAUCUGGAGAAAUCAUCUUCGAAAACGUACAAAUGCGAUACCGAGAAAAUCUCCCACUUGUACUAUCAGGCCUUACAAUGCAUGUAAAGGGGGGCGAGAGAAUUGGAGUCGUAGGCCGAACAGGAGCAGGCAAGUCUAGCAUUAUGUCCACACUCUUCCGUCUCGUCGAACUCUCCGGCGGAUCCAUUACUGUCGACGGCAUGGACAUCAGCAAGAUCGGUCUCCAGGAUCUCCGUUCUCGUCUUGCAAUCAUCCCGCAAGAUCCAACCCUCUUCAAAGGCACCAUCCGCAGCAACCUAGACCCUUUCAACGAACAUACCGACCUCGCACUAUGGUCCGCACUUCGCCAAUCCGAUCUCAUCUCGGAAGACGCGUCCCUAGAUGACAAAUCACCCGGCCGCAUCCACCUCGACGGCAUCGUUGAAGACGAGGGCCUGAACUUCUCCCUAGGUCAGAGACAGCUGAUGGCUCUUGCCCGCGCUCUUGUACGCGGCUCCCAAAUCAUCGUCUGUGAUGAGGCAACCUCAAGUGUAGAUAUGGAGACGGAUGAGAAGAUCCAACGUACGAUUGCAACGGGGUUCAAGGGCAAGACGCUGCUAUGUAUUGCGCAUCGUCUUAAGACCAUCAUUAAUUACGAUCGCAUUUGUGUCAUGGAUCAAGGACGCAUUGCGGAGCUAGAUGCACCGUCCGAGCUCUAUCGGAAAGGUGGCAUUUUCAGGAGUAUGUGUGAUAAAGGAGGCAUUAGGAAAGAAGACUUUGUCGGAUUUGAGGAGAAUAGUCCCUAA